AUGAAAGAACUCGUUCUCUUACCGAAAGCACCGAAAAAUUAUGAAACAACAGGAGAAAUGUUUUCUCGGGGACAAAAUACCGAUUAUUGCAAUAGCAUAAUAGAAGAGCACAACCAGAAUCAAUUGCACAAAUCUUGGAAUGUUUUAUUGACCAGAAUGUGGAGAUUAAAACAUAUUCAUCAAUUAUUUCCAAGCAUAUGUAUGGCUAAACACCCUCAAAAUUUUGAAAACAAUCACAUUCCUCGAGAAAAUCCGUAUUUAUUUUCACCGCCAACAGAUAGGGAAAAGUUUUGUGUCGACCGUAAAACUAUUCAAACAUCUAUGAACACAUCCACACGAAAUUCAUAA